UGCAAAGCCGUUGGGCCUAUCUAUGAUCAGCAAGCUGUCGAUCAUCCGAUUAAGUCUUGGUCUGCAGAAACCGAAGCUUCUUGCUAUCCACCCAAAAAUGACCCCUAUGACCCAGCCGAAAUUCCACAACAGCCUGCUACUUGUUCCGAUCGAUAUCUCCGACCAUCUCUGGCCAAAAAUGAACGACUCAGACUAUCCAUGCUCUGGUAUCACACUCGCGACAUCUUGGAUGAUACCGAGUUCCUCUCUGGACUUCAAGAGAAAGCUUCUUUUGCUCAGGAAUCUUCCGGAUGGGAGUUUGCUGUCAUUGGGAUUCAAGAUUUGAAUUAUUACAUUCGCUUGGCCACAGUCGGGCUCCAACUUGGCAUCCUCCCGCGCGGUGAAACUAUAUGCGCCCAUACGGUUACCCAACCUCCCAGUGAAAACCUAAUGGAAGAUUGGAGGUUUGAAGAAUCGCCAUACCUCGAAUCUGGAGGACUCCGGGGCUACGCCGGGGCGCCGCUUCGGUUACAACACAAAACAGGGGAAUGUGUCAACCUUGGGACGCUCUGUGUGGCAUCCAGUACGAAGGAAGAACCCCUGACAAGGUCGCAACAAAUGACGCUAGUUCGCUUGGCCGACUGGAUCGUCUCGGAUAUAGUCAAAUGCGCGAGGGCCAGGCGACAACAAGAACGACAGCGCAUGACCGAGCUCAUCGCCACAGCGCAGGAUGAAACGAACGACAUUGUUUCCGAGAAGCCUGUCCUCAGCAUCCUGAGAAUCAUGUAUUCCGAUGCCGUCAUCAGCAUUCAGCCCUCCAAUGCGACUCAUAUCCAACUGGAAGGGCAAGACCGGAUACCAAUCUCCGAGUUCGAGCAUGGUUUAUGGGAAGACACCGAAUUUAUCGACGACUUCAUUGAGAAUGCAAACAACCGGGAAUUUCCAUCUACCCGGGCAGUACGCGCCCUCUCUGCGCACUGUGAGAACAUCUCGGGCCAAUGUCUGCUCGUGGUCGCAACCAAGAAUUUCCAACUAGUGUUUGACGAUAUUGAUUCUUGGUUCGUUCAAACCUGUGCGGGCAUGAUUACUAAAAUGUGGCACAAGCACAUCCUCGCCGAAGUUAUGGAAACAAAAGAGAAGUUUCUGCGGGGCUUUUCUCAUCAGCUCCGGACGCCUCUCCAUGGGAUCAUUGGCUCGGUAGAGCUAUUGGCUGAAGAAUUGGGAAUGAGUGAUUUGACCACGGGCUCGAAUUCUGGGUCACAUCUUACGACAUUAAGCACCUCGCUAAACAGUAGCGGGUCCUCUGCUCACCUCAAUAUCAUCAAGACUGCUGGACGAGACUUGGUGUCUAUUGUCAACAGCAUGAUCACCCUGAACAGAUGGGCCGAUAUCGCUUUGAGAGAUCGGCAACAUUCGACGCACACGAUAUUCGAGCUUGAGAACGGUCUAGCAAAUGAAAUUCUCAAGGAAAUAUCGGGAGAUAAACGAUACACUGCCUCGGUGUUCUUCAGCCACGAGCUCCCCUUGAAUUGCGAUACUUUCAAGAUUGAUCUGGAAUUACUGCGAGACAGCCUCACGCCGGUUAUUUUGAAUGCGAUCCAAAACACCCCCGGUGGAGUCGUCACGAUAACCACGUCAGUCCUCCCUGAAUCUAAGCAAUUCGUUAUCGAUGUGGUAGACACCGGUCGUGGGAUCCACCCGGACGAUCACCAACGAAUCUUUGAGCCGUACGAAAGAGUCGGGGCACAUUCAACUGGCGCUGGAUUAGGCCUGACUCUUUCAUCAAAAUUUGCUGGGCUCCUUCAUGGCUCUGUGAGCUUGGUCUCUUCGGACGUUAAUCAAGGUUCGCAUUUCAGAGCCGUGUUCAAAGAGAUUGAGCAUUUCCCCAUGAUGUUCCCGUCGUUACCACUGGCAUCAGUCUUCAACAACAUACCUCCGAAAUUCUAUAACUUGACACCUGAACGAGAUGAACUGUCAUUGUCAAGCCUUUUCACCAAAUAUCUCACCUCUAACAAAUUCGCCAGCUCGAGUGCCAAGGAAAACUGCUUUGGGAUCUUGGAUCUCGUGUCUGAUGCCGAAGCACACCAUGCAUCGCUGUCACGAUUUCCCUCCGACCAAGUCGUUAUUUGCUUGGUCCCAGCCGCACAGAAUCACGCAUGCAUUGAUAAUGGACCAGAAAACGUAAUCUACGCCAGAGGUCCUUUCCUAAGGUCAACAAUGACCUCGGCACUCCAACAGGCGGACAGCCUUGUCCCAAAUCUCAAAUCAGCACCAGAACGCCUUGCGCAAUCCAUUGAGCAGUCGCUUGCCCUCCAGCAGAUGGAUGAGCAUCCAAUCCCAAGCCAGGCAGUUGUGUCUGUGAAUGAGCCGUCUUAUUCAAAAAGUUGGUCACCUGGACUGCACACAAACGAUCCACUACCCCCCUCGGGCUCCCAGAAGUCAAUACCAUUCAAGCAUCGUACCGAACAACAACAUAUUAUUGAAUCAAAUCUCAUCAUCCCAAUCUCAUCGCCCUUGACAAACCCACCUCGACCCACAGCGCUCAUCGUCGAUGACAAUGCUGUCAACCUCCGCAUCUUGCAAAUGUACUGCAGUAAACGUGGACUACCAUACUGCCGCGCAACAGACGGACUACAAGCCGUCGACACAUUUUACCGACAUCAAUCAUCGCCUGUUGGCGUUGAACGAGCCGCGAUUCAAUUAAUCCUAAUGGACCUUCAAAUGCCCGGCUGCGAUGGCAUCGAGGCCACGCGGCGAAUCAGAUCACUCGAGAAGGAAAAUAAGUGGAGGGAAUCUGUCAUUAUUAUCAUCACUGGUCAGGAUAGUCCGACCGACAGAAACGCUGCUGAAGGUGCUGGCGCCGAGGAGUAUUUUGUCAAGCCAGUGGGUAUCAAGGUCUUGGAUCGUGGUAUCAAGCAGUACUUUGAUGCUUUUGAAGUCUAG